AUGCCAAGAGUGAAGUGAAAAAUGAUGGCCGCUGGAUCUUAAUCUACUUUCCUCGCACUGAAUUAGGCCUAGGGGUAAAGUGAUCGAUUUAAAAGGGGAACUUAGGCCUAGACCUGUACACAAAAAUUGGAAUUGGUUUAACAUGGAUACAUGCAAUGAACCACCAGUCUCAGAUUCUAAUUCAACAACCAACACAAACAUCUCAGAACGCUCCGAAUUUGGGGUCCAGUUGAAAAUCUUAAGGAUUAAUGAUCAGAUCAGGGAAUUGCAAACAAUUAUACGUGACAAACAGACCAGUAGAGGGGACUUUGUAUUUUAUGCAGACAGACUGAUUAGAUUAGUGGUUGAAGAAGGGUUGAACCAGUUACCCUUCACCCAAUGUGUGGUGACCACACCAACUGGCCAUCACUUUGACGGCAUUCAAUUUGCCAAGGGAAACUGUGGAGUGAGCAUCAUGAGAAGUGGUGAAGCUAUGGAACAUGGAUUAAGGGAUUGCUGCCGUUCCAUCCGCAUCGGCAAAAUCCUAGUUAAGAGUAAUGAUGAUACCGGAGAAGCGAAAGUAUUUUAUGCAAAAUUCCCAUCGGAUAUUCACAACCGGAAGGUCUUGCUUAUGUACCCUAUAUUAAAUUCAGGAAACACAGUGAUACAGGCAGUAAGAGUGCUACGGGAGCAUGGAGUCAAAGAUUGUAAUAUAAUAUUGCUUACCUUAUUCUGCACCCCACAUGGUGUUAGAGCUGUCAUUAACAAAGCAAGAGAUAUAACAAUAUUAACAUCAGAGGUCCACACUACCACUCCCAAUCAUUUUGGAACAAAGUACUUUGGAACAGAUUGAGGGCAGUAUUACAGCACCUCACACAGAUUGGAGGGUGUAUAAGACCAACACUUAAUGAAGUGAAGUGAUACCAUGAACACCACUCAACGGUUUAAAGGGUACCAUGUCGCCACUCUUAGAUAGAGGUGGUACCACACUACUCAUGGAUUGAACGUUAACAGCUACCGCUCACGGAUCAGAGUGUAGCACUCCACUACUUACCGAUUCAAUAAGUUUCUGUACUACCACUCACAGAUAGAAGGGGGUACCAUACCAUCAUUAAGAAUAUUGGUGCUUAUCAUACCACCCAUUCUGAAUCAAGGGUGACCACACCACCACUUUAUAUCUAUUUAUCAACCAACAAAAUCCCACCUGCUCCUUGCCUCUAGUUAAUGCAGCUGACAUGUUUAGUUUUUUUAACAUUUAUAUAUCAUAUCAUAUAUCGUUUAUAUAUCAUGACUGCCAGGAGCAUUUGUGUUUUGGCGCUAUAGUGUAUUACAGACUAUACAGUACCAUUUUUUAGCACUCCAGACAAGGCCUGAAAAAUAUAAAUUAAUUGUUUGAGAAAAAGCUAAAAAAACCUUUUUUUUUGGUUUUCCAAACCAUUUUUUUUUUUGGCCUAAUAUUUAUAUGGAUGCAAUUUAAGAUUGGUUUUGUUCAGUGAUUAUUUCAAAUUUCAUUUUUCCCCUCUAAAAAUCACAUUGGUCACAAUCGAUUAAGAGUUAGAGGCCAAAUCCACCACUAUUCAUGUCUAAUUAUGAAAUUUUGAUCUUUCAAUUUCUGUCUGUAUUGCAGGAUUUUUUCUCACGACCAAAACAACUACAUUCCUUAAACCUCAUAUUGAGAUUUAGGUCGUGUAAAGCAUCAUUUGUGUAUAUUUGUCGUGUGUAAGGGAUUGUCACGAAGUAGGACAGUGAUAUAUUCGCUAUUGACAAUUCUUGGCAUGUGUUGUGUGCCUAAAUAUAUAAAGAUAUUUAAAAAAUUGAAGAGUGCAUUAAUCAAGGAAAUGGUGAUAUAUGUGAUAAUUCAAGUUCAUUGUAAAACAGAAAUUUUAAAUUGGGUUGAUGUGAUGUAGUACUUUAUAUUUUUUUUAUUUAUUUCCUUCACAUCCAACUGCAAGUAAACUUGCCACUUGCAGGAUGGAAUGAUGUUUUAUAAACUAAGUCUCUAUAUGAGGCUUAGGGAGUGGAGUUGGAAUUGAACCCAGGACUCUGGAAUUCUGAAGCAAGCAUCUUAACCGCUAAGCUAUUCAAUUCUACUUCCAUAGUUCCACUACUUUCAUUACAAGAUCUCAAGACUAUAUCAAUUUCCUCAAAAUGUUUGGCCACCUCUUGAGUACUGUUACCUUAAGAUUAUUUAGAAAAUUACAGUACAUGAAAUGCAGUUAAUGCUUGAAUCCUAUUUCAUAUUUAAAUAGUUCAUUUCACUAGGCUUCCAUUGAUAAGCAACUUAUCCUGUCUAUAUUCAGCUGAACAAAGUUAUAAUUUUACUUGCCAAUUAAUAGAUGCCUUUUUUGUAUCCUGUUAGCAUAGAUCCAGGUACAGUAGUAAAUUUAAAGGUGGUUGUAGUAAAAGUGUUAAAGAUAGAAAAAGUUUUAGUUAAUAAAUUUUAUCCUUUAAAGUGAGGUGUUUAGUGUAUUGAAUUUUUGAGGGCCUAGUGAUUUGACCUGUAUCCCCUUUAUUUGCAUAAAAAAAAAAAAAUUAUUAAAAAAAUGUAUUUAUUCAAUUAAAUUUCCUGGGGUGUUUUUUUUUUUUUUUGGUGUAAAAUAGAUACAUACUGUAUAUACUCAAA